UUGAACAACAAUCAUGAUAGGGUGGGGAAUACCCAUGUGAUGCGGUUCCUUGAAAGACAUGAGAUUCCAUAUCAUUAUCUGUCCAAGUCAAAGGAGAAGAAUGUAGAAGAUGAGAUAUUGGGGUUGGUUGAAGAUACAGAUUUCUUGGUCCUUGCUAGAUACAUGCAGGUGUUGUCUGGAAACUUUUUGAAAAGAUAUGGGAAGGAUGUGAUCAACAUACAUCAUGGCUUAUUGCCAUCAUUCAAGGGAGGAAAUCCAUCUAGGCAGGCUUUUGAAGCUGGGGUCAAAUUGAUUGGUGCCACAACCCAUUUUGUCACGGAGGAUCUUGAUGGGGGCCCAAUCAUUGAGCAGAUGGUUGAGAGAGUCUCGCACAAGGAUAAUUUGCUGAGUUUUAUUCAGAAAUCUGAGAAUCUUGAAAAACAAUGCCUUAUGAAGGCAAUCAAGUCAUAUUGUGAGUUACGCGUUCUACCUUAUCAACACAACAGGACUGUUGUAUUUUGAGUAAGCUCAAAAUGAUGCUGAUCAAAACUACAGAGUCCAUUAUAUUCCUUGUGUUGCAAAGUUUUUGUAUUUCAUUUUAAUUAUUCAUUCUAAUUUAAGUUGUUCUUGUUCCAAUCCAAUAAUAAGAUAAAUUAAUAGUCAUUGUGUGUUCAUAAUACUAAGAUAUAUGUGCAUUCUCAGUUCUCCUUAAAUUCAUUGUUGUUGGAGUUUUCUUCUCUGUCAAACUUUGUGUUUUCUAGUGUGAUACUUGUUUAAAUAGGGAA